AUGGGUCUUGGAAUCCUCGAGGCCACCGGCCAAGAAAGGGUCCCAGGCACCACAAGAUACUUUGACGAUCCAAACCGUUCCCAAGAAGCCGACGGCGAAUGCAAGCAUUUGAAAUGCGACAGGAGCAGAAAGAUUCCCAUCAUUCUCGUUCCUCAACCGUCCGACGAUCCCAACGACCCUCUCAACUGGCCGCUAUGGAAACGCGAUCUCGUCACCUUUACCCUCUCCUUUGCCGCCAUCCUUGCCACCGCUCUCGGCCCCAUCCUUGCGGCCAACACGCUCGUCGUGUCGGUCUGGUUUACUUCGGACCUCACCAAAACAGCUGCCUUGACUGGCUACUAUCUUCUGGGUACUGGCUGCGCAGCCAUGUUCUUCGUCCCCUCGGGUCGUAUCUGGGGCAAGCGUCACCUGUUCCUGAUCGGUCUCGUCUUGGUCAUCUUCUCCAGCAUCUGGGGUGGCAAAAGCGGCGACUUUGAUCGUGCCAAGGCCCUCGGGGAGGCCACCGGUCCGUCGCCCACGCAAAAGGCCCACUACAACAGCUUCGCGGCUGCGCGAGCUUUUCAGGGCAUCGGCACGGCUCCCUUCGAGAGCCUGCUCAACGCCGCCGUCGGCGAACUGUACUGUGUCCAUCAGCGCGGCAUCCGCAUGGCCUUUUCCAACCUCGCCGUGUUUGGUGGUGCAUUCCUCACGCCUGUCGUCGUCGGCAAAAUGACCCAAACCAUCGGUUGGCAAUGGUCCUUUUACCUGGUUGCCAUCCUUUCCGCCGUUACCUUCCCCGCCGUCUUCUUAUUUUGCCCUGAAACUGCCUAUAGACGUGACGCGAAGCUCAACCUGGAUGGCGGGGCCGCCGCCGAGGAGGAGAAGCCCGCCUCGGUUUCUACAAUGGCCCCUGCCUCAUCACCUCAGGCUUCUCCGACAAGCUCGUCCGGAUUCGUCCUGAUCCCCCCGUCGUCGGCAAUGCAACCCAUAGGAGACGCAAACACCCCGAAGAAGACGUUUAUUCAAUCCUUGUCCCUUUUCGACGGCAGGAAGACGCACGAGCGCUACUGGGUCUUGAUCCUGCGACCGUUUCCCCUCCUGCUGAACCCGGCCUUUGUCUGGGGCUGCCUCAUCCAAGGCGCCAUGAUUGGAUGGACAAUUUUCAUCGGCGUCAUCAUCGCCGUCAUCUUCAUCGGGCCGCCCUAUUUCUGGGGAGAGGAGAAGACCGGAUACACGUACACGGCUCCGGUUCUCGGCGCCGUUGCGGGAUUCGUCGUGUCGGGCUUCCUGGCCGAUGGCAUCGCCAAGUUCCUGACCAAGCGCAACAAGGGCAUUUACGAACCGGAAUUCCGACUUGUCCUCGUCAUACCCAUGGCCAUUGCUGCCGGCGUCGGACUCUACGGCUUCGGCGUGACCUCUGACCGGCUACAGACGGGCCAAUACUCGUACAUUGUGCCAUUGAUCUUCUUCGCCUUUGAAGUGGGCGGCAUGGUUAUCGGCACCGUAGCGAGCUCACUGUACAUUGUGGAUGCUUAUCGUGACUUGACCAUUGAAGGGUUCACUCUGAUGAUCAUCUUCAAGAACAUUUUUAGCUUCAUCCUUACAUUGUAUGCCUACGACUGGAUAAUUGCGGCCGGGUUUCAGAAAGUUUUCCUCGUCAUCUCAACCCUUCAAAUGGGCAUUUGCCUGCUCACUGUACCCCUUUAUAUUUAUGGAAAGCGAAUCAGGGCAUACUUUGCGCGAAACGAUCUCUUGGCUUUGACUCAUCUUCGUUGA